AUGCCCGCACCUCCCGUUACUGGCGCCGGCGACCCCGGGCCAUCUCCCUCCUCCGACACCACGCUCGCUCAGCCCGGGCAGCAGCGCCAACUACGCGGCGGCAGCGGCGAACCGGGGGGAGGGGGGCAAGAAGACGCGUCCGGCUCAGCCCCGCGGAGAGCGACUGCCUCCUUCGCCUUCUCCUCCUCCUGCUCUGCCGCCUCCUCCCCUCCUCCCCCCGCCGCUGCCGCUGCCUGGCCCUUCUCCCCCUCCUGCCGCCGCCGCCGCCGCCGCUGGUGCCGCCGCUGCCGCUCCACCAACUACAUCCGGGCAAUUCGGACUCUGCGGCCUUCGGAAAACCUCGGCAGUUUCCGCUGCGCCCCUCCUCUCCUAGCCUCUGCCUUCCUCCCCACCCCGCGAAGCUCGGGAACGCCGCCUUCGGCAAACCUCGGCUCUCCCCGGCCUUCCUCUUCCUCCGAGGCCUGGCUCGCCUCCUCGUUAACCGUCCUCUCUUUCCGGUUGCCGCCGCUUUUCCUCACGCGCAAGGCAGACCACCGACGUUCCAGUUUAGGGAUAGUCCUGCUCGGGGACCGGCUCCAGGCUGGUCCCAGGAACGCCUGCGUGCGCAGGGAGGGAGCCGCCUUCGGGAGGAGGACGGUGGGACGCGAGAGGAGCCAUCGCAGACUAAAUAAAGGAGGCUGCGGCUCCUGCGCGUGCGCUCAGAGGCACGGGGCGGUGGGAGGGUGCCCUUGGGUGAGCUCUCCGGACGCCGGCCUCCGCCCCUUCGGGCUCUGGCGAGGUGGUCGGAAACCCCUGGUCGGCGACGGGCCGGUGGCUACCGAGGAGUUCCCUCACCCAGCCGCGACGGAAGCAGCCCUCAGGGCGGAGGGCCGCGCGCCCCUGCUCCGUCCCUCCCGCUCCCUGGAGCCGGAACCCGCCCUGGGCAGCUGCCCCUCGCCGGACGCCGAGCGCGCGCCCGGCCUUGGGCUGGCAGGGGCCGCCCGCAGCUCGCCCGUUUGCGAUUCAGAAUUCCUUUCCACGCUCAAGUUUGUUGAAAGAAAAUGCUGUUGGAAAUUUCAGCGUGUGAAUAAAAGGCAUAGGGUGUGGUAAAUGACAUUGUUACAAACUGAGUCGUGUAUUCCGCUGCAAUGGCAACAGUGGCACAUUGGGAGGAAAUAAGCCAGACUCAUCCUCCUCUACUCCACUACCAAAUGUUGAGGUUCUUCAAGAAUCAGUCCCUUGGAAAUGACAUCAGCAAAAAUGUCAAGUAGGAAACUCCCAAGGACCUGUCCCUCCACAUAAACAGCAAAUAAAUCUUCAAAA